CAGAGCCGCCCCGGGACCGCAGACCUGGGAGGCGUCAUCGACUUCUCGGCGGCUCAAGCAACCUGCGGCACCGGGCCCGGUGCCCUCAAGACUGAUUGCUGUGAAUGGUUCUCGCCCUCAACGGACGCGAAGUUGAACUGCCCAUGAAGCAUCAAAAUUUGCGACGAAGAGCUUUGCUGCCGAUUUCUUCACGCGACCAUUUUGCUACCUCGGGCCAGAAAUGCCUUUGAAUUGGUGUUUUGUCUUUCCGUUACUUGUCCUUGAGCAAUUUAUACUUCGACUUGUGUUAAAACCCGUGAGAUGUGUAGCCUUCUGCAGUUUGUGAAAAACUCCCUGGGUGAUCUCAGAAUUGAAAGGGGCUGAUGUUAUUAGAUAGCCGCUGCCCUUAAAACUGGCCCUUGUUUUCUCUGGGCCUUUUAGAUAGGGGACAAAAGAGAUUCUGAUGAGAUAGCCUCUCAGAGUGGACCGCAUAGGGCAAAUGAACCCAAGCGCCAUCCAUUAUUUCCACCUUUCCCCAAGGAAAUUAAGAAAUUAAUACAGAAGUGGCGUGGGGGGAGAGGGGGCCCAGGGAGAACUGCAUGUGCAGUGUAAUGCUGAUUUUCUUUACAGUAUCUUUAACCUUGAUCUCUUCAUUUCUUCUUCAUGUUGUCCACGAAUUGUUGCAUGCGGCAUCCUUUUCAAGCUUAAUAACAGCUCUAAAUAAAAUGAAAUGCUAUGGUAACACCGUAUUGGUCUAGAACUCAGCUUCUUAGCACCUUCUAACCCAGCUAACUUUUGUUAGCAAAUGGUGUUCAGAUCUCAGCUAAGUGUGUCCUCCGUGAGUGAGCAUGAUGCACAUAGAGCAGGACUUCAGCCAGUCAGCAAGUGGCGAGCCUACGGACUUGAAGGCUAUCCCGGGUUUAUUUUUAUCCCAAACCCCUUCCUCCCAGGUUACCAGUGGCACUGGAUAAAGCAGUGCCUGAAGUUAUAUUGCCAGAAACCUAAUGUAUGUAACCUGGACAAACACAUGACUAUAGAAGAAACCCACGAUCUGUGGGAACAGAGCAAAGAGUUCCUGAGGUAUAAAGACUUAAAUAAACGAAGACCCCGAAGUUUACUAGAGAAAUUACGCUGGGUAACCUUAGGCUACCACUAUAACUGGGACAGUAAGAAAUAUUCAGCAGAUCAUUAUACACCUUUUCCUUCUGACCUGGCUUUCCUCUCAGAGCAAGUAGCUGCUGCCUGUGGGUUUCAGGGUUUCCGAGCUGAAGCUGGUAUCCUCAAUUACUAUCGAUUAGACUCCACACUAGGAAUCCACGUGGACAAAUCUGAACUAGAUCACUCCAAACCCCUGCUGUCAUUCAGCUUUGGGCAGUCUGCUAUCUUCCUCCUGGGUGGCCUCAAAAGAGAUGAAGCCCCCACCGCCAUGUUUAUGCACAGCGGCGACAUCAUGGUAAUGUCAGGUUUCAGCCGCCUGUUGAACCAUGCCGUCCCUCGGGUCCUGCCAAGUCCAGAGCUGGAAAGCCUGCCCUGCUGCCUAGCAACACCUCUCCCAGCUGUGCUCCCCAGAGACUCAGUGGUGGAGCCCUGUUCAGAAGAAGACCGGCAGGUGUGUGCCAGCUACCUGAAAACUGCUCGAGUCAACAUGACUGUCCGACAGGUGCUGGCCACAGACCAGGACUUCCCUGUGCAGCCUGUGGAGGAACCGAAAAGAGAAGGGCUCUGCCAUCGGCACGGCGAGAAAAGUCCGUUCAAACGAGCACGGUUAAACCCUGACACUUGACAUGUGGAGAUGCCGUUCUCCUACUCAGUCAGGGCUUGUAGUAAGUGACUGCCGUUUUCUAUUGUAGACUUUCCCAGAGCAAGCCAAAAACAGGGAAAAAUCAUCACUCGUCACCCUUUGCUUUGGAACCCAUCCUGAAGAAAAGAUUGAUCAGGCACAAUGUGAGAGGCCCUGGGAAGCAGGGCCUUCCACAGCAGCUUCUCAGCCACUGCCGUUGUCUCAGAGGAGGCAGGCUGGAGUUUCCAUCUCUAUAUACUUUUUAAAUACCUCUGAUUUAAUUUAUGGGAAAUAUGGUGUCCUUCCCACCACCCCAUCAGUUAUUUAUGAUAAAUCUGGAGUUCCAUGCACUAACCAUUUAGCUCACAUCUGUAAUCCCUCCAGUCAAAUUCUUUGGUUUUCUUUUCUGACCUUCACAGAAGAAUUCUAUGUGAAUUAAAACACUACUACAUGAAUUAAGAAAUUAAUCACAUUGUCUCUCUUGCCUAAAGGGCAAGUAUUCAUACACCCAAGGAAAGAGUAAGAAUAGUUUCUCCCACCAUCCUUCACAUCUCUAAACUGUCCCAUUGGCUUUUUAAUGCAGUUUUAAUUGUUGGAGUAAAGAAGUCCUGAGGGUAUUCUGUAACUGUUUUCUUUAGGAAUAAACUUGGUCAAUUUUAAAUUGAAACUGUACCCAUCAUUGUGGGUUAGUGUAUGUGUUUUUUUCCCUAUUUUUACGUUUUGGUGUUUUGUUUUGUUUUUUUAAGAU